CAGAAUACUAAGCAAUUUCCGACUUUGGAACGAUUGAGGUAGCCAUUUUGUUCAUCAAUCGUUACGUUCGGGUUAUAGAAAUGCAAGAGAAAUAUUAAUGAGCAGAAGUUUAUUAAAGGGUCAGUUAUAGCUUGGUGUCGUUCGGUUCAGAACUUAGCAUAAUAUAAAUCUGGUAUUGAAAGUGUGUUGGUUUACUAUGUUCACACGCAUAUUCAAGUCGUCCCAGUGAAGUGAAACAUCCUUUGAAAAAAUGACACAGUUUUUACCACCAAAUUUGUUGGCGUUAUUUGCCCCACGAGACCCAAUUCCUUAUUUACCUCCUGUGGCGAAAUUACCACACGAAAAAAAGAACAGGGGAUAUUUAGGACUGGGGCAGUUUCUAAGUGAAUUUGAGGAUCCAAAAGACACACCUCCACCAACCAGAGUCGAAACUAGAGAAGAAAGACUAGAGAGGAGGCGCCGAGAAAGAGCUGAACAAGUAGCUUAUAAGUUAGAACAAGAAAUCGCUAUAUGGGACCCUGCCUCAGCAGCAAAUAUUACAGUCGACCCAUUUAAAACUUUGUUUAUUGCUAGAAUUAAUUAUGAUUCCUCAGAGUCGAAGCUACGAAGAGAAUUUGAAGUUUAUGGACCGAUUAAAAAGAUUGUGCUGAUUCACAACAGUGUCAACGGGAAACCAAGAGGGUAUGCUUUUAUAGAAUAUGAACACGAAAGAGACAUGCAUUCUGCUUACAAACAUGCUGAUGGCAAGAAAAUAGAUGGCAGGCGGGUUUUAGUAGAUGUGGAACGGGCAAGAACAGUGAAAGGAUGGCUUCCACGAAGAUUGGGUGGAGGACUAGGUGGAACAAGGAGAGGCGGUCCAGAUGUGAAUAUAAAACAUUCGGGUCGUGAGGAUAAUGAAAGGGAGAGGGAACGAUAUAGGUUAGAACGUGAAAGGGAGGAGAGGGGCUUGGCGUUGGGAGGUGGUAGUGGUGUAGGUGGUCGAGAUCGGGAUCGAGAACGUGACAGACCUAGGGAGAGGGACGCUUUUGAGCGUCGUCGAUCUAGAUCAAGAGAUAGAAGGCGGAGGAGCAGAUCUAGAUCACCAAGAAGAGACAAAAGGCGACGUAGUAAAGAGAAGAUUCGCGAUGAGAUUACGAUUGAAGAUGACUUCGAGGGUCGUCCGAGAGACAGGGAGAGAGAGAGGGAUCGCGACAAAGACAGAAAGCGGCGCCGUUCGAAGUCUAGAGAUAAAGAUCGUGAGGCAAGAAAACGUGAAAGAAGGGAGCGUAGAGAUAGAGAAAGGGGCGAGCGGGGUGAGAAACUUGAGUACAUCAAAACCGAUGAUGGUACUGAGAUGGUUAGAGUAAAGGAAGAACCUGUCGAUG